AUGUCGGACGAGCCACCGCCAACGCCGGUCGCGUUUGUGCGUUCGCCCUCGCUUGCGCCGGCCUCGCACGACAACCCGACUCCUCAGUCGUGGGGUCCGCCGACCUCGUACGCCACCAAGAGCGACAAGAUUGUUUGCAUCAUGGUCGGCCUUCCUGCGCGCGGCAAAUCAUACAUAUCGCGCCGGCUCGCACCCUAUGUCUCUUUCUUUUACGGCGCGCCGGCCAAGGUGUUCAACGUGGGAGAUUACCGGCGGAAGAUCGCGCGAACCACUUCGAUGGCCGACUUCUUCGACAGCAGCAACCAGGCGGCGAUGAAGGCGAGGGCGCAGGCGUGCGAGGAGGCGCUCACCGACCUGAAGAGGUGGAUCGGAGAGACGCCGUCGCAACAGCAGCGGCUCGACCAAAAGCUUCAUCAGAGCGGCGACUUUGGUUCGCUGGCCAUCUUCGACGCGACCAACUCGACGCAGAGCCGUCGCGCCUGGCUCGUGGAGCAGCUGAAGGACACGGGCGCAAAGGUGAUCUUCAUCGAGUCGGUCUGCCGCGACGAGAGGCUCGUGCAGCAGACCAUCCUGCACGCCAAGGAGAGCGUCCUAGCGCGGCUCGAGCCUCGGCGGACUGCCGGGUUGGGUGUCGACCCGGCCGUCGCCAUCGCCGACUUCGAGGCGCGGAUACGGCACUACGAGCAGGUGUAUCAGGAGCUCGGCCCGCCCGAGAAGCACCUCGCCUGGAUCCAGAUCGUCGAUGGCGGCCGCCAGCUCUCGAUGAACAACAUCCGCGGCUUCCUCCCCUCGCGCAUCUCGCAGGCGGAGGCACGAGACGACCCGAGAUCACGCGUCGGCCAGCCCUCAGCCGCGUCGCUUCCCUCGCCUCCGCCGCCGCCCUCACCACCCUCGCCGCCCGCGCCCCUCUCGCAGUUCCUCGUCAACUUGCAUGCGCUCGGCGAGUGGGUCGACGCGAAGGUCUCUCUCGCCGCCGACGGCUCCCCCGUCCCGUGCCGUCUCUGGACCUCGUCGCUUCUGCGCACGCGCCGCACCGCGCGGCACAUCUCCACGCCGGUCGUCUCGUACACCACCUCGGACGGCGCGCACCUCGACUGGGUGCAGAUGCGGCCAAAGGCCUUCCGCAACCUCGACGAGCUCUACGCGGGCCUGUGCGACGGGAUGACCUACGAGGAGAUCGCAGACAACUACCCGGACGAGGCGGAGGCGCGCGGGGCAGACAAGUUCCAGUACCGGUACCCUCGCGGCGAGUCGUACACCGACCUAAUCGCCCGCCUCGAGCCGCUUGCCCACGAGCUCGAGCGCUCCCGCGAGCCCGUUGUGAUCGUGGCCCACCAGGCAAUCCACCGCGUGCUCUUCGCCUAUUUCAUGGGGAUGCCGCGCGAGGAGUGCAUCCACGUCUCCAUCCCGCUCAACACGGUCAUCAAAAUCACUCCGACGUCGAACGGCUGCGAGGAGGAGCGCACCGUCGUGCUGCAGCACCCCAAGGGCGAGCUGCUCGACCCAGCGAGCCACUGA